AUGAAGCCACAAGACCUUGUAUGCAACAAAUGUUGGGAUGAAUUCUUCAACACUGAGUCUUUCGAAAAAACAUGUACGGCCGAAGAUGAUCCUUACAUUCACCACGAGACAGAAGCAGUCUCCACCAUUGACGAAAUUACAAAUGCCUCAUCAUCCGGUUGCAACUGGUGCAGUUUUGUUGAGACCUUCUUGUAUGACUCAAAGCAUGGAAAAACACGUAUAAAAACGGUGUUGCUUCCUGGUCGGGAAAGACAUCAAGCUACACCAAGGGGCCGCAACGUGUUUUUUGUUCGCGUCUAUUAUUUAUGUGGGGAUGAAGAAGAAUUCGCGGAUACCCGUCGGAUCUAUGCCUUUACGUCCAGCAAAGAUGAAGCGUCAGCGCAUGUGACUGCACGUCCACUGAGACACGACGUAGGCAGCCCAGAGGGUAACCUUCAAAUGCAAUCGUGGCUCGCGGAAUGCAAAGGACAUGAGGGAUGUUUAGAUCCACACGCAGAGGCUACACUACCUACAAGGGUCAUCGAAGUCAGGCCUAAGGAUCAAAACGAGCCACGGGUCGUUGAAUCUGGAGGGCGUCGUGGAAGGUAUGCGACUGUAUCUUAUUGCUGGGGUAAAGCUCCCUUCGACACGCUCAACACGUCGAACUAUGCACAAUUCAUGGAGGGCUUUGACAAUAGAACGCUGCCUCUUACUUUCCAACAGGCUAUAGCUGUAACUCGCAGUCUCUCAAUUCCAUAUUUGUGGAUAGAUGCCCUUUGCAUCAUUCAAGAUUCUGAAAAAGACAAGAAUCGGGAGAUUUCAUCGAUGAAGGAUAUCUAUGCCUCUUCCACUUUGACAAUUGUCGCCGCCUCUGCACAAGAAGUCUCCGAGGGGUUUCUACAGGAUCGGCCUCAUAUAAAGCAAAGUUUUACAAUACCAUUCUGCUUAAAGCCCAACGUGUUUGGAACCUUCUCUUUCGGCAGCCUCGACGAUGCAUCAUACGAUGAGCGUUCCGAGCCGCUUGCAAAAAGGGCUUGGACACUACAGGAACAAUUGCUUGCUCAACGGACUAUCACCUUUGCUAGUCACACCAUGAUGUGGGCUUGCAAAGCUGGUACAAAGACCUUUGGUGAUUCGUUCCAUUACCCCUUCUACGACAGUAUGGACACAUACACUAGUCUCAAUCUGAACGAAUUAUUGAUGGACGACCAAGAUGCAUUGGCCGUGAAAUACGAGGCGUUGACCUGCUGGAGUCGACUUGUUUCAGCCUACUCGCUUAGACGUGCCAGUCUCGAGAAUGACAAGUUAAAUGCAGUCGCUGGAAUUGCACUCCAUGGCUCGUUUGCCCCAGCCCUUGGCCCAGGGUAUUAUGCCGGAUUGUGGACAUACAAGCUAGCGCUACAACUGACGUGGUAUGUCAGUUAUCACCACAGAAGCUUACCUGACGGUGAAAAACUCGAUUCGUACCGGCCAAAGACCUACCGCGCACCUUCCUGGUCGUGGGCGAGUAUUGAAGGUGGCAUGAUUCAGUUUGAUGAAGUAUUCGCGCCUAUAUACAAUACAGCUCCUAUUUGCAAAGUUUUAGACUGUUCAACAACGCCAAAAUUGGCCCAAAACCCCUUUGGGGAAGUUGUUGCGGGGCAACUUAAAGUACUAGGGUUUGUUAGAACCGCAUGGUUCUACCCACAGACCUCGAACCUUGUCUUGCUUCCUAUGUCUAAUGCUGAGGGUGGCGACGAAAGUAUAAUGUCACAUGAAGAAGGCUACAACAAGUACAUUGAGGACUUUAUUGCUGCAAACCCGAAUGUCGAUUUCAAGGAGGAUCCAGAGGUUCUGCACGGCACAUGGAACAACAACACUUCUGGUACUCGUGAUGAAACCCGAUUCACCGAACCAAUGAUUGUCUUUUGUCUUGCGAUAGCCUCAGAGGGUUUCACAGGAAAGGGCAUAUCCGGUUUGUUGCUCACACGAACGGACAAUGCGAGUCCAUAUACUAGAGUUGUUUCACAUAGUUACUAUUUACUAUAUUUUGCGUUUACUUGA